CGUUGUACUGCUUGUAAUCAGCAGCUUAAUUUUUAAUUUGUUGAGACUUACCAUUUUAGAUUCAAAUCACAUCAACAAUGGCUUCUUCUGAUAUUAUGUUGACUCACCUUAAGGAACAGGAUCCUACUGUUGCUGAAAUCAUGAAGAAUGAAGCUGGACGCCAGCGUUCUUCUAUUGUGCUCAUUGCAUCUGAGAACUUCACUUCCCGUGCUGUUAUGGAUGCUCUUGGCAGUGUUAUGAGCAACAAAUACUCUGAAGGUUACCCUGGUCACCGUUACUAUGGUGGUAACAAGUACAUUGAUCAAAUUGAAACUCUUUGCCAAGAGCGUGCUCUUGCUGCUUUCAACCUUGACUCUUCAAAGUGGGGUGUCAAUGUUCAAUGUCUUUCCGGUUCCCCCGCUAACCUUCAAGUCUACCAAGCUAUUAUGCCCCCUCAUGGCCGUUUGAUGGGACUUGAUUUGCCUUCUGGUGGUCAUCUUUCUCAUGGUUACCAAACCGAUACCAAGAAGAUCAGUGCUGUUUCUACUUAUUUCGAAACUAUGCCCUACCGCGUUGAUCCCAGCACUGGCAUCAUUGAUUAUGAUACCCUCGAAAAGAAUGCCCAGCUCUACCGCCCCAAGAUUCUCGUCGCUGGUACCUCUGCUUACUGCCGUCUCAUUGACUACAAGCGUAUGCGUGAGAUUGCUGACAGUGUUAACGCCUAUUUGGUUGUUGAUAUGGCCCACAUUUCUGGUCUUAUUUCCGCCGGUGUUAUCCCCUCUCCUUUUGAAUAUGCUGAUGUUGUCACCACUACUACUCACAAAUCUCUUCGUGGUCCUCGUGGUGCUAUGAUUUUCUUCCGUCGUGGUCUCCGGAAUCACGAUAAGAAGGGCAACCCCGUUUACUAUGAUUUGGAAGAGAAGAUUAACUUUUCCGUCUUCCCUGGUCACCAAGGUGGUCCUCACAAUCACACUAUUACUGCCUUAGCUGUUGCUUUGAAGCAAUGUCUUACCCCCGAGUAUAAGCAAUACCAAGCUCAAGUUGUUAAGAACGCUAAGGUUUGUGAAGAAGAAUUCCGUAAGCGUGGUUAUAAGCUCGCUGCUGAUGGUACUGAUAGUCAUAUGGUUUUGGUCGAUGUCAAGAGCAAGGGUAUUGAUGGUGCCCGUGCUGAACGUAUUUUGGAAUUGAUUAACAUCGCUACCAACAAGAACACUUUGCCUUCUGACAAGUCUGCUUUGUCUCCUUCUGGUAUUCGUAUUGGUACCCCUGCCAUGACUACUCGUGGCUUUAAAGAACAAGACUUUGUUCGCGUUGUCGAGUACAUUGAUCGCGCUAUCACCCUCGCUGCUGACUUACAAAAGAGCCUUCCUAAGGAAGCCAACAAGCUCAAGGAUUUCAAGGCUAAGUUGGGUGAGGGUAAUGAGAUCAACGAAGUUGUUCAACUUCAAAAGGAUGUUGCUCAGUGGGCUGAAAGUUUCCCUCUCGCUGAGUAAAGGAUUAAUGAUGAAUUCUCAACUACUCCCCUUUCAGUUUAAUAUGUAUUUUCAAUGCUACAAAAAAAAUUAAUAUGUGCAUUUAGAAUUAAUGCAAAGCGCUUGGUUCUGCAGACUUAAUGUAAGUUUGGACGAUAUGUACUGUAUCUUUCAACAGAUCAGGGAACUAUGCUUUACGUUAUUUUUAAUUCUUGGUUACGAUAUAGCUUCAACUCUAAUAUUUCGUUCAUAGUUUAUCAGUUUUCUGGUAAUAAUUAAUACAAUAAUAAUGUCAAUAAUUUCAUUCUUCUAAUACAUAUUUACCUUCUUAUUUUCUCUUUUCUUGUUCCGUCUUUAC